CAGAAAACCACAUAAAUUUAAGUGGUGGAUUUAUUACGAAAAAGACGUCUUGUUUUAACAUUAUAAGAGGACGUUCAAGUAUGAAGUAGAAUGUUUGACAGAGAGUAUGCUCAAAAAAUGAACUUUGGUGGUCCUGACUCGAAAACAACUGAAGCAUCAGACCUGAGUGGACAAGGCAACAGUGGCCAAUUUCCUCCCUAUUCCUCUAAUGGUUACCCAUACUCCUCGUCGUUGAAUACAUCUAUGGAAGAAAAUCUAGGAUAUCCUGAGAUGAUGUCCCAAUCGCGUCCUUCAGCGACAAUUCAAGGAUUUCCAUAUGGCCCUUCAGGUACAUAUGAAGGAGUAUCUUCGACGCCCUCAGUUUACAUGGAAGAAUCCAACAAGCUUACUCCUGCUUUUAUGGCUUCUGCUAGUAUGCAGCAUGCGUCGCCGCCAAUGCCACCUGCUGCUGCUUCAUCUAUUCAGCAGCAGCAGCAGCAGCAACAGCAGCAACAGCAACAGCAACAAUUUCUACAGAGGCAACUUUAUCUGAAAAACCAAUUGGAAACAGCGAAUAAUUUAUUUGAGCCUUCUUCCAGAAACCAGCCAGAAUUCUCGCCAAACACACUUCCUAACCAAAACAUGGCUACCUCAUCUUCUAUUUCUCCUCCGAUGGCGCCUGGUAUGUCUGCUAAUCCAAAUUCUUCAAUAAAAGAUAAAAACACGAAUUUUACAGACAUUGCAGAUAAUUACAACAAAUUUAUGGUUAGUUUGUUAAGUUUUAUGGCGAAGCGUGGGACUCCAAUGACGAGUUAUCCGACAAUUGAUGGCAACCCCAUUAAUCUCAUGAUGCUUUAUGCCCUGGUUAUGCGCGCUGGAGGCUCAAGGCGAGUCACCAAUUUGAAAUUAUGGCCAAAGGUUGCGGCUUCUCUUGGGUUCACUUAUCCGAAAGCAGUUCCCGUUUUGUUUCAAAAUUACAACAAUUAUCUUUUUCCGUAUGAAGAAGCGUGGACUCGAGCUCAUCAGCAAAAGCUUCGGCUAGAAAAUCGAAUUCCAGCCGAGAACCAAACUCCUUAUUCGGAAGACCCAAGGAUGCCUACUUCAAGGCAAUCCUUACCCAAUACGGCCUCCCACGCACAAAUACCAAGUUCUAAAAAUGAAACGACGUCUCUGAAUAUACCUCCUCACGUAGUUGCUAACAACAAACAGCCAACCCCUCCUACCGCAGUAUCUCAAAAGAGCGACUCUAUCCCACCUAUCCCUCCUAUUCAUGAAAAAAACAAACCUUCCUUUGCUUCCACAGUUCCCUCAUCCUUCCCAUCCGCCUCUAACCAACCUCCUCCUGCCGAAGCUAGCGUUGAAACCCGUGUUUACAAUCCCAUAAAAAAAGGCCUGGUAGGAUCAACCGCUGGGUUCCCCUUGCAUCUUUCUACUACUCAUCGUAUCGAUGAGUCUUUAAUGCGCUUGAAAAUACCUAGUAUCUCAGACCUAGGCUGCAUCAACAUCCAUGCUCUCUGUAUGAGUCUGUUAUCUACGCUUCCUAGUGAAAUUACUUACGCCCUCAAUGUUUUGCUUCUUUUGGCUAAUGACAAACAAGAAGUGGUGCAUUUAGGUAAAUGCGAGGAACUGAUUGAUGCAUUAGUAGACGUUGGAUGGAGCUGCCUAGAUGUAUUAAUUGAAAGACUUGCAUCCGAAUCGAACCAAAGCAAUUACAAGCAGAGACCGUCAUAUCGAUGUCUACUGCUGGAAUGUAUACAGGAGAAUAACCUUGAAAAAAUUCGGCAAGAUUGCAAAUCUGAAGCUUAUCUCUCUAAGGAAGGAAAAAGCUUUAAUUUAGCGGAGCAACAUUUGCUUGCUGUAUGUAUAAUAUUUCGUAACAUAUCUCUUGCUGACGAAAACUUAAUGAUCGCCUCUCAAGGAUCUGAUUUUUUUGAAUUCUUAAUGCGAUUAAUUCGGUUACUGAAUCGCGGCGAGCCUUAUUUACUUGAAUCUAAGCGUGCCAUGCUGGAUCUGCAUAAAGAUGUUUUACUACUUCUUUCGCAGGUAUCGCAUAACAUCGUAUUACCAAACAUGGAAUCUGCAUUGCAAUUAUUAUAUUUUAUUUUGGUGUUUUCUCCUAUAACGAAGGGAAAUAAGAAGCGAGGGGUUUUUGAAAUGAAAGAUCCACAAAAUGUCCUCCCUAUUGAUGUUCCUAAUUAUACCCCUUUCACACACCCAUAUGCUGGGCCCUCUAUAACUGUAUAUGCUAAAUUAUUAGCCCGGGAAGCCGUUAACAAGAUAUACUUCCAGACGGUCUUUGACCAAAAUCCUGCCCUUCUAAAUUCGACAUUUCUCUUCCUUGCCUCCGUUAUUCCAAAAUUCAAUAGACAGUGCCUUAAACUUUGCGAAAAGCGCUUACCUUUAUUGCACCAUGCAUUUUUGUGCUUAGAAAAUACUGUAUCAUUUAUACGAGAACCGUCUCAGGCUAUAUUGUGGUGCAACAUUGGUGAUGGUUUUUUUGCUUCUCUCAUUCGUUUGUUAAUUCUACUAUCCGGUCAUCCAUCUCUUAAUCCCGUUUUUCCUCCCGAUGUUCCUACCCGAACCAAUGCGAAUCCCUUCCGUUAUAUCAUUCAGAGUGGGCUAAUCUGUGCAAAGAAGCUCUUUAGUUUAGCACGCUUGAUAGAUUUCCCUAUUACGUCUUUUCCAAAGAACGAAACAAUUCUAGCGAUCCUUCUUGCUCCUACAACCGACCGAACGUUUUUGAAUGAUCUAUCAACUAUAUUGGACAAAGACCUUGAGGAACAACUAUCAUGUAAUAAUACCAACUUUGAAUAAUUAUUUCUUUACUAUUCAUAUGGUUCUAUUUUCGUCAAUUAUAUUAUUCACCUCUUAGCUUGAACAAAAGCAUCUUGUUAUCUAAUCGUAGUAAAUUUCAUCUCCUG